ACCUUGUUGACUUAUGAAGUGUCUAUCGGACGCACGGCCGAAGGGUGCCACAAUGGCGGGCGACCCAAUCGGCAUCGCUGGACAGGCUGCCGGUCGGCACAUUCAGGUCUGCUGCCGAUGGUCCGGCCGCGCCGACGGCGCAUCGGCACAAUCGGCCUCGUAGGAAAAGACUGACAGAAUUCUGGGCCGGAUCAGAAGGAAGACCUUGCCCGUUCGUAUCUGGGGACUGCCAUCUUUUGUGGAGUUGCCAGCGGUGGGAGUGUGGUCAAUAAAACCCAUGGACGGUCUCAUCCCAAAAGUGUGUCGAGUGCUGCUGGGAUUCUUCGACGCAUUGCAGCCACAACAAUUCCAUGCAUCUCAUACAGAGCGACCGGUACGGUCGCCCCUCUGAGGCGCAAGCGGCAGCAGAUGCAAUCCCGAUUCUUGUCGACAAUACAUACCACUUGUUUCAUUUGGCGACACCGCCUCACACGAUCCAUCAUCCUCCUCGGCUGAGGUCUUCAUGGUUUCGAUUGCGUUCGAAAGACCUCAAAUCAUGGAAGCGGGAUCAAAAACCGGUCCUUGUACCAGGUGAAUCGUCAACUGAUCCCGACAGUGAUGGGGUCUGGACAGGGUCUGCCAUUCUUGAUCCACACGGCAAUAUGCAGAUUUUCUAUACCGGGUACAAUCUCUCCGAAGGUGGAAGACAAGUCAUCCUCCGGGCUUCUGCUGGUGAUAGACACGGCAAUUCGUUCACAAAGACUGGGAAAUCGCCAAUACGAAUCGUGUCACCGGAGUCGAAUCGUGCCGCCUUUGAAGAUAUCGACUUCAGGGAUCCUUACGUGUUCUUCAACGAGGAAGAGUCGCGCUACUGGAUGCUGGUCGGCACUCGCUUGUCGUCCGGACCCAAAUGGACUCGAGGAUGUCUCGCACUGCUAACCUCAGCAGAUCUCCAAGAUUGGAGCUUGGAACCAAAGCCGUUGUAUGCGCCGAAUGACAUGUAUUGUCCUGAAUGUCCGGAACUGUUUAGGCUGCCGAAUGGGAAAUGGUAUCUCGUAUAUUCACGAUUUGCCGCACCAGAUUCGGGGACAGUGUACCGCAUGGCGGACAGCCCGUAUGGUCCAUUUCGAAAGCCCAAGGAUGGUUCCCAUGGCCGUCUUGACGGUCGAAGGUGGUAUGCGGCGAAGUCGUGCCCCAAGGCAUCAGAUCCAGCCAAGCGCAUAUACUUCGGGUGGGCUGGAGACUUCAACGAGAAGGACAAAAAGUGGCUAUGGGGAGGCGACAUGGCACUUCCGAGAGAGGUGUCAGCAAAUGAAGAUGGACACCUGCGCAUCGAUCCUGUGGAAGAGGCAAUCACCGCGUCAUUCGGGACUUCAACUGAGAAGAGGCAUUGCUUCUCGGAAUCAUGCAUAAGGAUAUCCAGUAUCGGUAGCGCCAGCACGGAAUUGAUUGAUGCGCCAAUAAAAGCCGAAACUUUGGAGUAUAUGCUGGAAUUUGGCAUCGGAUCCCAGGAUGCACAGUCUUUCGGCCUCCUCUUCCGCUCGGAUGCCGACAUGAGAGGCCACCGUCUCUCGUUCACGCCGCGUGGCAAUGGCACCGUUGACUUGACACUUCUGACCGACUUGCCACCUUUGGAUGAUUUCUGGGCGGAUCAGUAUCAACUAUAUAUUCCACGAAAUGUCGACGGACCAGAAAUUGUGCGGCAUUGUGGCUUGUCCGUGGAAGGAAAAAUCCGGCUCAUCGUUUUGGGAGAGCUCAUUCAAUUCUUCUGUGGUGGAAGGUCGAUAACUUUUCGAGUGCCCCUCCCACGUCCGACCGGACUUGUAAAUGGCGCUACAAAUGGGGCUGUGAAUGGCGCGGCAGACGGAACACAUGGCGGACAUGAUGACCAUGCUGUUCAGAGUAUCAAGGAGCUGGCUUUCUUCGUGGAGGACGGCGAGGUAGAAUUCAGAGAUGUCUGGCUGAGUUGGCCGUCCAUGCAAGGAAAUGGUCCUUGAGUGGCCUACCCCGGCACAAGUCUACCGCCCCCUAGCAUACCCAUCCCCGCUGUGUUGAGGUCCACGCCAGCUAGGAGAUCAAAGGUUUCCAAUUGCAGAUCGGCCAAGUCCCAGUCGCCGAAAUUGUUGAAAUCCAUAUCGGCGCUCGUAGAGAGCAUCGAAGGACGAAAUUCAGUGGUUUGAUCGAUGUUCACAGCCAGAGCGUGCUCAAGUCCUCGGAGGAUCGCACCCUCUAAGCGGUUGGCAGCAUAUCGCAUUGGCUCGCUGCUGUUACUCAUGGUUCUCAGUGUCCAGAUGUAAGAGUUGAGCGUGUCUUGCCAGAAAUCUCGUUCGUGCGUGGAUAGCGAGGUGACAAGCAUUAGCGUGGUGAAAGAUCCGAGAAGAGAGAACAGAUAUGGUGA